AUGCCAAGCACCGGCUUCCCUUCGUUCGGAUGUGGUGACCUGUCCAUGAUUACCGCACAGUGCAGCUCGCCAAUCUUUGUCGAUUUAUUGAGUCACUACUACUGGUUCUCACAUGGUUGUACUUUCCAUCUGGCGGAGUCUCUCACGCGGGGCUUACAUAAAUUCCACGCUUCUUUUACUAUCACCAUCAUCCUGGUGUGCAGUAAUACGGCGGGGAAAAUGACUGUGCCGACAACACAGCUCACCAUAUCUCCUGUUGUAUACGCGGACCCUCGCAGUGCUCGACGAGGUCGGUAUUCUUCACCAGACGGAAUGAAAACACCUAUAAACGAUCUCUGCUGGUCGACAUACGACGCUGGUCAAGUCACCAUAUUCCGCUUCUCCGGCUUAACUACGCCCUACAGCCUUGCCAUCCCCUAUGUCUUUCUCCCUAAAGUCGAUUUGACCCACUUCAAAUUGGAUAGAUUGAAUGCCAUCAACCAUUGUGGAACGUUGGCACCCGUUGAUGCGCCUAACACUGCCCCUUGUACCCGGCGGUCUGGUAUCGGCGUCAAACCUGCACUUCGCAUACAUAGUCACUGGCAGUUUGAGGCGCAGAGUAGUAAGGUCUAUAUUGUGCUUCAAACUGCCACUGUUCUUCCUCAGGUGCCGUGGAGCGGGUAUGUGGAAUUUGUGAUCGGGGCACGACUCAUCACCACACAGGAUAGGGAUUGA